GGACGGACGCUAUACCUUGAACUACCACACGUAUCGAUGGAGAGCUCCGACUCGCUUGAUGCAGCCUUCGUUAAUGGAACGUUUCAGCUAGAUGAUACAAACGGUGAUGGUGCAACAGGAUAUUUGUCUUCACUGGGCGGCGAGGAGUGGGACCCUGAGGUUCUUCUAAGCGCAAUGGAUAGCGAUUUCGGAGGAGGCUAUGGUCCAGAAUUGCUACCUAUAACCCCAUUCCAAUGGGUAAACGCGCCAAAUGUGGAGAAUACUUUGAUCGAAGAGUCAGCGCCACCACAACGAAAGAAAAAGAAGCUCAACUACGAUCCGAACAAGGCAAGAAAUGAACGUCGCUUCCAGCUAAUCGAACUACGGGACGAAGUCAAAGAGCUCGAGAUGAAGCUCAAGCAGUUGCAAAUAAUCCGAAUCAAGAAGAAGCCUACAGGCGCUCAACAUAAGAAAUACCGAUCGAAUCAUACCAAGUCCACCGGUAUGUCUGCGGUGUGGAAGGAGUUUUGUAUUCGUCAGCUGGAACAACGACUCAGAGCUGAACGGGAAAACAUACAUUUAAAGAAGAGUUGUGAAAGGGAGAUGGAAGUCGUCAAAGGUCUGAGGAAGUUGCUGUACCGGCACCCAUCCCAACGGGAUAUCAUGUAUCUGGGAGAAAAUACUCGUACAAGACGUAUCGAUAUCCCUACUGGGAGUCUGAAGCAGAUGGCAGCAAUGAUCUUUGACGAGCUGUCGACUGGCGUCGAGAAUUCCUAUCGGAUCGCAGAAGUCGUUAUUGAGAUUAACAGCCCUGUGCCGACGCAUAAAGUGACGCAGAAACCGCUACUACGUGAUGCCAUGAAUGGUAUGCGCAUGGAAGUGUUCGACCACCAUAUCUUGCCGUUCGAUAUGCGUGCAACUGGCGAUGCAUGGUGGAAACACUGGCAUAAUUACAGAGGUCAAAGCUGUGAAGCAGGCAACGUGGUCGCAGAAAGUUUUGGAUUGGAAUUCACUGACGUGAUGGCGAACACAACGGCCACGUUCUACGUGCAGCAGAUCUUACAUCGACAUGUUGAAGACCACCGAACAGUAAUUGUCUGGAACGCGUAUAUCGAGCCAUUCAUGUUCGAAAACGAGCGCGUUAGUGGCGUCUAUUUCCUAGAGCAAAGCCAUGUGAUUAUCAAACCUGACGACCAAUACUCCUCCUCUGAAGGUGCAGUCCCAACUCGAAUGUCGACCUGCGAGAUCAUCUCGCCCCACUUUUUAGAUCCGAAGUUGAAAGAAGACCCCAAAAUUACUGCUUUGACCGAUUUUGUAGCCAGCUCGCUGUCUUCCAACAUCAUGAUGCGCAACGAGAAAAUUGAGGACAUGCUGUUGGACCAAAGUCUGCGGCAACGUAGAUAAAACACCCUCCGCUUCAAGUUGCGGUGAUCCGGUCAACCAUUGCGUAUGCUCUUUAGAUUACGUGAAGUUCUCGAGCUACAAACAUGAGAUCAUUUAUUUAUCGCCGCAUUGCUGCAGUACCUGGUCCAGCAGCAGUGUCUCUACCAUCUCGCUAAGCGCCAUGAUGUUGGUGGACAGCGAGCUCACCAGAAAGUUAAUCACUGCCAUCGUUUUUGCGUCUUCUUUCAGCUUCGGAUCCAAAAAGUAGGGUGUGAUCACAUAGCAAGUCGACACUCGCGUAGCAUAGCCAUUGCUUCUCCCACAAACCCGUUCAGAGCUCCAAGAUUCAGGCUCGAUCAGCACGUAAUUUUGCUCAAGGAGGUAGACUCCACAGACGCGUUCGUUGGCAAAUCCAAAGGGUUCCACAUAUGAAUCCCACACAAAC